AUGACAGAUAAAGAAUAUGCGCCAUUGACAGCUGCUUGUGUUCGAGCAUUGGUGGAUAAACUGUACGAGAAGAGGAAAAGUGCUGCCUUAGAAAUAGAAAGGAUUGUCAAAGAAUUGUCAGCAAAUAACCAGGUUGACCAGAUUAAGAAAUUAUUGAGGGUUUUGGAAGAAUUUGCAUCAUCUCAGAAUCCCAACACAAGAAAAGGAGGACUUAUUGGCUUGGCUGCAGUUGCUAUUGGACUCGGAAAGGAAUCAUGCAGCUACAUCAACAAUCUGGUACGGCCUGUAGUCAUGUGUUUCCAUGAUGGGGACAGCCGGGUGCAGUAUUACGCCUGUGAGGCCCUCUACAACAUCGUCAAGGUGGCCAGGGGGGCUGUGCUGCCGCACUUCAAUGAGAUCUUUGAUGGCCUCAGCAAGUUGGCAGCACACCCAGACCAGAAUGUGAAGAAUGGGGCCGAGUUGCUAGACAGGCUGAUCAAGGACAUUGUGACUGAGAGUUCAUCCUUCGAUCUAGUGGCUUUCAUCCCUCUACUCAGGGAACGCAUCUAUACGAGAAACCCUUUUGCCCGGCAGUUUGUCGUGUCCUGGAUUGAAGUGCUCGAUGCAGUUCCAGAAAUCAACAUGUUGGUUCUUCUACCAGAAAUCCUCGACGGACUUUUUCAGAUCCUUGGAGACAACAGUCAUGAGAUUAAAAAAAUGUGUCAGGGAGUGUUGUCUGAGUUUCUAGAGGGAAUCCGCCGCUCUAAAAAUGGCAUCAACUUCACAGGGAUGGCCAAUAUUUUGAUCAUCCACAGUCAGAAUGCAGAUGAUCUGAUCCAGUACACUGCCAUUACCUGGUUGAGAGAGUUCAUAGCACUGGCUGGACGAGCCAUGUUGCAUCACAUGGCAGGCAUCCUCAACGCUGUCCUGCCCUGCCUCUCUUACACCGAUGAAAGUCGCAAAAAGGUGCGGGAGGCAGCCGAAAGUUUGAACCAAGCCUUGAGGAAGUUGGUGGAAGCACAAGAUGACCAGCCCACGCCCACGGCAGAAAACAUUACAUUUUAUUCCGAAGUGGCCAGCAACGAGAAACAGUCCUUAGAUUCUCCCAACAGAGGAAGUGCAAUACAACUAGAAAUCCUGUCUUUGAUCAAAGUGCUGCAGCGGUUGCUGGGCCAUGAAACCAUACAGGCCAGGAUAGCGGCACUCAAGUGGUUUAACCUACUCCUGGUGAAAACACCCAACAAGACAUUCCGGCACAUAGAGGAGUUCUUUGGACUUCUGCUGACUACUUUGGCAGACCCCUCUGAUGAUGUGGUGCUACUAGACCUUGAAGUGCUUUCUGAGAUCUCCUCCAAUCCUGCAGGAUUUGGAGCUGUCCCAGGUCAGCCUGAGGGAGGAGCUACCACACCAUCUUCAGACAAAUCCGCCGGAGAGUUGAAGCUGAACCCUUACUUCACCAAACUGAUGAACGGUCUCAUCGAGUGGUUCAAGAAAGACAAGCAGUUAUUAGAAGAUAGGGGAGCAUUUAUUAUCAGGCAGCUGUCGAUUUACUUGAGUGCCGAAGCCAUUUUCCGAAGUCUGGCAGAGAUUCUGAUAGAAGAGGAUGACGUGAAUUUUGCUUGCACUAUGGUUCAGUGUCUGAACACAAUCUUGCUGACCUCCACUGAAAUCUAUGAGCUGAGGUCACAGCUGAAGGAACUUGCCACAGAGGAGAGCUGCAGCCUGUUCUGUUGCUUGUACAAGUGCUGGUCACACAGCCCUGUCUCCCUCAUGUCCUUGUGUUACCUCACCCAGAACUACAAGCAGGCCUACCGACUGAUGCAGAUUUUCGGAGACUUGGAGGUUACGGUUGAUUUCUUGAAGGAGAUAGACAAGCUGGUCCAGCUAAUAGAGUCGCCAAUCUUCGCAUACUUACGACUGCAGCUGCUGGAGGCACACCACAACCCGGAGUUGAUCAAGAGCCUGUAUGGUCUCCUCAUGGUCCUGCCUCAGUCGGAGGCUUUCAAGUUGCUGCGCUAUAGACUGGAGUGUAUACCUCAGAUUAACUUGACGCUAGCCUUAGAUACAGACACCAAGCAACGAGGGGAAGAGAGAAGUUUGGUGAAAAAGAUCAACUUUGACAGUCUCCUGGACCACUUCCUGUCAGUACAAGCUAAACACAGAGAGUACAAGAGAAAACAAGUGGCCUACAAGAUCUCUGCUGUCAAGAACAUAGACAUGAAGUAA